GUUACCAGAGCGAGGGAGGCAAACUAUAAGCGUCAGCGACACCAAGCAGAGAAGCGAGAGAGGUGGAGGAAGAAUAGAUAUCUUGUUUCCCUUUACUUCAUAACACAACAUUAGCGGGAUCUCUGGAGGAAAAGUAAUACUUAAAACCUUAGCUUAGUUGUUUACGUUCGCCGUACAGCGCCGCGCCAAUCAACUGUGACUGGCUUGCUGCAGAGCGUGAGCGUCUUGGGAAUACCUGGUCAAUAUAAUGGAUAUAAUAUGGACACAUAAGACAAUCAAUAUUCUGUAUUUGUUAUGGAUUUAUUGUACAAAUUCCCUGAAAAGAUGCACGUUCCAGGAUGAAUUGAAAAGCUCCCGUAAGGGCUGAAAUGGCAGAGAACAGCUGAUUUGGAACGGAGCAACAGCUGUCGCAUUCCCAGGGAAAAACUAAGGAACUUCAACCUACUUAGGCCUACUAAUUAACGUUCAAAAGCUAUUAAAUCUUUAACAAAAUAUGCAGAUACUGUCAAAAUCGGUUCCAGGGAGAAUAUAGGGAAUAUUAAUGUUGUUUUUGAUGGGUUUUCUUUCUGGAACGAGUAUUCGAAUAUUCGCUCGGAAAAACCAACCCGUAUUCGUAGCCUGAAAAAUGGCAUUCGGGCCAGCCCUAAUAGCAGCACUGAUUUCAGCAAUCAAUGAUGAUCAGUGUCUGUAAUCAGUUAUACAGUUGAGUGAGUCUUACCUCCAGGCACAUGCGUUUAGCGCUGCUAGUUGUAGACAUCCCGGGCUGUUCAUCGUCAUAUGGAACUGUAAAUACUGACUGAAUUGCGGUGUUCAAAAGAGCUGCUCUCUUCGUUCCCAGGACAUUUAAUUCGAAAUCUUCUGGCUUGAAAUGGAAGCUGCAAACCUUCCUCAGUUUUAUGCCUUCCAUGGCUGUGUCUUCUCCAAAAUUCGGAUGAUUGAUAGCCCGUAGCCACUGUUUGCAACGUUGCAAAUCUCUUAUUGGUAGGCGAUGAAAACAAACUGCUUGUCCUUUCCUUGUCCUGCUGGAACAUCCCAGCACCAUGCAAAAGUUCACCAUAUCACAAGAAAGAAGUACAAACGAGGGGUAAUUUGCUAAUGACUUCACCAGAGUUCACUAGAAAUGUGGUUUGAAUUGAUUUUCCACCUGUCGGUAAUCAGCUGGCGGUACCAGCUGGGUAGACGGAACCGCAAGGUCUCUGAUAGGCGGAGAUCUAGAUCAGUGGGAGUGGCCUGCGAAGCUGUGCAUCGGGGUGCAUGGUGGGAGUUGUCUUCAAUCCACAAGCGACAAAAAGUCACUUUCUGCCUUUUCUCGGUCAAGACGGCACCAAAAUAGACCUUUAUUUCAUUACGAGACUACAUAUAGGACCCAAUUUCAAUACAUAUUCAUGCCUCCACCGGUGAAAUGCUCCUUUAAGCGCUAUUGAAAGGGGCUCAAUUGCCAUGGCAUAAAGUGGCGGAGAUAGCGGGCACCCCUGUCGCGUUCCCCUGGAAAGUGGGAAGUAUGGAGAGUUUGUGGAGACGUAGGCCAAGGGGGAGGAGUAGAGCAGCCUAAUCCAUGAAAUAAAUGUGUCACCAAACCCAAAUUUGUCUAAAAUUGCAAAUAAAUACCCCCACUCUACCAGUCAAAGGCCAUCUCUGCAUCUAAGGAGAUAAUGAACUCCGGGAACAGAGAAGGGCCAGAGGUAUUGACAAUAUUUAAGAGCCUUCGGAUAUUAAAGAAUGAGUGCCGACCCUUGAUAAAGCCAGUUUGAUCCUCAGAGAUAGUGGCCCUCAUUUAUCAAACGAGCGUACGACAGAAAACGUGCGUAAAAUGGACGUACGCUCAUUUCAACGUUGAGCUUGGCAUUUAUCAAUUUGAACGUGAGCGCAGGCUGCGACGAAAUCUCACGUCAGGUCUGAGCUCGUGUACGCAAGUUUUUUUGGCGCAACAUACAUGUUUUUCACUGAUGAAUAGUGCAGCACAAGUAGCCCAUGUUGCACAUCUGUAUUAAUUACUAAAUAAAUUGGAAUUAGCCCAGCCGUUCAAACAAUUAAAAACAGUAUUGCUAUGAAAAUAAUUAGAAUGUGACAGGUGAAAUGUUUAUUCAGCUGUCUAUAUAAACAGGAGCUUUGCCAAAUAGGCGGUCGAGUCUCAGCGAUGGCAGAUCUGGCUCUGUUAGAGGACCUCAACGCACGUCUAAGACGAGAGUUUUUCGAGACCGCGCUGAUCUUUUUAUGGAGAGCGAUGAAUGGCUCUUGAGUCGUCUCCCAAGGCAUCUCCUGAUGGAGCUAUGCAAUGCUUUGGAGCCACAGUUAAGGCGAGAAACUAGGCGAUCAAACGCAAUACCUGUGCCAGUGCAGGUGUGCUCUACCUUGGGGUUUUUGGCCACCGGGACCUUUCAGCGGGAGAUCGGGGACAGGUCUGGUAUUUCCCAGCCAAGUAUUAGCCGAACCAUGCCAGCAGUUUUGGCAGCUAUAAUGUCCCUCUCCGAACGUUAUAUUAAAUUCCCAUAUAAUAACGAUCAGCAAACUGGAAUCAAACGGGAUUUUUAUGCUAUUGCUAGGUUUCCAAAUGUGAUUGGUGCGGUUGAUUGUACCCAUGUGCGUAUGAAGCCACCAUCUAUUAAUGAUUACGCGUACAUCAACCGCAAAAGCUACCAUUCAGUUAAUGUUCCGAUUAUUUGCGAUGCCAGAAUGUCAAUCCUGAACAUGGUAGACCGAUGGCCUGGGGGCACGCACGAUUCUUUUAUUUUCCAAAAUAGAAACGUUGGGCAUCGUCUACAUCAGGGCGCACUACAUGGUCAGAGUCAUCUCCUCGGUGACAAAGGCUAUGCCCUGAACGAGUACCUAAUAACUCCUCUGGCUCAUCCGAACACGGAUCAGGAGCGCGACUUCAACAGCGCUCAAACGCGCACAAGGGCAACAGUGGAGCGAUGUAUAGGCCUACUCAAGGGCAGGUGGAUGUCCAUCGGGUCAGCGGGGGGAACGUUGCUCUACAGCCCAGAAAAGACCUGCAAUAUUAUUUUAGCAUGUGGGGUUAUGCAUAAUAUUGUGCUGGCAAAUGGAGUGCCAUUUGCCGACCUGCAGCCAGAUGACCCGAUGCCCAGAGAUCCCUGGCCACAGGCGCCACAUGCUCAAGCUCUACGACGAAGGGAGGAUUUAAUUCGGCUCUUCAAAUAUUUAAAGGGACCUCUGCAGUCACGACCGAUGAGUGCAGACCAGCACUUCGGCCAGACACGCGUUCCGGCUCCUUUGGCGGCGGCGGCCCUUCCGUUUCUUUUUCAACUGGGCUUGGCUCUGUUCCCAUUUUGGAUGAACCUGCUUGCAUUUCAAAAAUAAAAAGCAAUCAUGAGAUUAUUUGUGCCAUUACUUUGUAACAUGGAAGCUGUAGAUAUAUAUAUUUUAAAUAAUUGCAAAGGCCUUUUUACCACUUCCAUGACUGGUCUGGAGUGCAUCGGUGUCUCCUCCGCCACUUAUGCCCGAAAUUGAGGGAGACCCGAUGAGACCAGCCACUCGCUCCUCAAAUGCCGUCAGUUCAAGGCUAGGGUCCACCCGGCCUCCUCCCGUUUCUUGCUUGGCCCGCUUCACAGCCGCAACACGUUUUUUGGUGCUGAGCUUCAUGUCGGACCAUUUUUUCUUCACCUUAUUCUGAAUAAAAUAUCUUUAACGCAAUGCAAACAAUAGCAUAUAUGUGAAAUGUUUUAAGCUGGAUAACAGAAAUUUUACAUUUAAUGUAUUAUUUAAUUAAUUUAAUUAACAAACCUCUUCCAUAGCCCGACGAACAUUGGAAACACUAUUCACUGCAACUGUUAUUUCCUUCCAUAUAGCAUUCUUUUGCUUGCCUUUAAUGCCAGCUUUUAGGCUACCAAACAAAACCAGACGGUUCGCAUCCACCAGUGACACGAGCGUCUCCAUUUCGGUCUUGGAUAAAUUCCUCUUUUUUUUUACCGUUGGACGUUUCUCCAUGUCGUAAAAGUUAGGGGCGAGACUUCUGAAGACGUGCUUUUAUAUGGGCGUGUUACGUUAAUUACGAUCAAUCUCAGCCGCCGUAUUUAUCAACACCAAGAUCCUUCGUACGCUGGGAUUGGUGUGAUACGAAAGUUUUCCUGAAUCUCACGUGGGUCCUAUCGUAAGAUGAAUCAUGCGUUCAGAUUUGCGCUAAUUUCUACGUUUGUUUGAUAAAUGAGGGCCAAUCUGAGGAAGUGUGCAUUCUAGACGUUUGGCCAAAACUUUAGCAAUGAUUUUGCUCUCUAUAUUAAGCAGUGAAAUUGGACGGUAAUAUCCGCAUUCUGUGGGGUCUUUGUCUUCUUGAGUAAGAGUGAGAUUACGGCUUGACUAAGUGUUUGGGGAAGGGAACCAUUCGCCAAUGACUAAUUAAACAUAUCUAAUAGGAUUGGAGCAAGCUUGUCGGAAAAUGUCUUAUAAAACUCAGUCCCAUAGCCAUCUGAACCCGGCGCCUUGCCACUCUGCAUGGAUCUAAUAGCCUCUUUAACCUCAUCCACUCGCAAAGGCCUUUCUAAAUCAAUUAUGGCCAACCCUAAAUCAAUAGUGGGGAACUCCAAAUCGUUAAGAAAAUUGUCCAUACAACUCGUGCCGGCGGUUCAGAUUUAUAAAGGGAGGUGUAGAAGGUCGCAAAAACUUUGUUUAUGUCUUGGGGGUCAGAAACAAGAUUAUUUGACCCGUCUCUAAUUUGAGGUAUCAGCCGAGAGGCUACC